AUGACGGACAAGGAGGAAACGGGAGGAGGCGAGCAGGACGACGUCUCCUUCCUUCGCACGGUUCGUUUAUCGUUUCAAAUUAUCUACUUGAUUCAUAAAAGAUAAUUCAUAAAUUUGGAAACUCGUUUUUCUCUACGGUUAUGUGCUAUUUUGAAACGUCAUUCAUUGACUAUCCGUUUUUACAAACAUAAAAUUCAAGAACCUUUUGAUCGUUUUGCUUUCAUGCAGAAUUUCCAAAUAGUCAUUGUGAAAAAAAAAAAUUCGAUUUUUUUUUAAAUUCUUGAUCCAAGUGAACUCGUUAGAUUUCACGCUGAUCUGUCUAGUGUGUGUCAAUGAAUCCUUAUAAAUGAAAGAGAAAUGCGGUAGAUUGAAAAUUGAAAAAAAUUGAACUUUUGAAAAAAAGAGAAGAGUUGAAAUUCUUUUGCACUUACGGUCAGUUUUUCUGAAGAUGUUUUUCUAAAAACUAUUCCUUUGUGGAAUAAAAUAUCUUCUAUAAUAGAUUAUGACGCCUUCACUGAUUCUCUAGGGUUUAAACUUGUUAAUCUCACAAUCUCUGGAUACUACUCGUUGGGGGAGGGGGCUCAUUUUUGUCAUUAGUUAUUUUACUGCAUUCAUAUCUUCUAUUCAUACAAAAUAUUUGUUUUCAUAGUGUAUGUAGUGAAAAAAAACCUAUUACUCUUGUUCUUAAUAAAAAAGAACAUUCAUACUUGUCCACGCUGAGAACAUCGCCAGCGACAUUGGACCAUCAAUGUAUCAAAGUAAAGAAGUAAGUAAAAUAAAACAGAUAUUUCCAGGGGCACACUCAUACCUAGAUAUCUCUAAAAACGUUAUGCGGACUAAAUAAAUUUUCAACCCUUACUGAAAAAUGCAAAUAAAUUUAAACUGCAACAUAAGAACAGUCGAGCGGAUCUUGUUUGAGCUGAGGAAACGCAAAAAGCGCAAAGAAUGUGUCCAAAUUAUUGGCACGAAUUCAAACAAAUGUGACAGCUGCGGCGGCUCUCAAAAUUUGCCAUUUACAUUGCUUCCGAGGUCGAUUCAAAGUUUCGGAUCUGCUUUUUCGGGACUUGAGAAGAGGAGCCUCAACUUGAUAACAUCUUAUUCCAAGACCUUUCGCUCAACUUCGAAGCUUUUUUUCUUUGGAAAUUGUUCCUAUUUCACCAGAAUCAGUUCGUUUUUUUUGCAGCACAUUCUCAUCAGAUUAUUUUGUUACAAAGAAAAUUGAUGCUUCGAGUGCAAACAUUUGGCUGGAGUAUCCCAAAUACGUCACUUCGUUCGCUGCUCGCAUUUCAUUAACUUUGCCUGGCUCACUUUCUUUUUUUCAGCUUGACUUAAGUUCGUUUGUUACAUUGAUUUUUUGAAAUCAUGAAAAAUUCUUUCUCAGUAAAUCAGUUCUAUUAUCAUUUAUUAUACUUCCUGUUUAAAAUGACACUCAACUCAGUGAGAAGAAAUAUUUAGAUUUUGUAAUGAAACUUGUUUAAACGAUCGUAGAAACAAGUUUGGAAAAAAAGCUACAAAAAAUAAAUUUGAACACGACUUCAGAACGCUUAUAGAAAACGCAAUGGUGUAGGCCUGGGUUUUUCUAUUUUUCACUUUUUUCUUGCAGUUUUUCAUCUGAAUUUCAACGAAUAUAUUUUUCAGAAAUUUUUUUCUCAAAAAUUGUUUGAUAUCAUAAAACCACUGGAUGAUGUUGAAAAAAAUAUUCACUACUUUAAUAAAUAUAAGCUGAACUGUACUAAACAUACGUUUAUUCGAAAUGCCAAGUCGAGAAAAAUGUAGAAAUUUAGAUAAGCUUACCAUUACCUAAUAAAAAAUUGUCAACCAGCCGUAAAAUAGAAAAAUCAUUAUCUCAAAGAAAAAAAAGGCCUAGAAAUUUCAUUUGAAACGCAUUCCAUUCUUCAGUCUUGAAGAGCGGCGUAUACCAGAUGAUCGGAUAAGCUUCUCAAAGUUAGAAAGCGAGAAAAGAAGGCAAAAAAAAAAUAAAUAAAAUCAAGGAACGAGACCACAGAAAUGAGAAAAAUGUGAGUGAAAAAUUUAUUCAACUUUAACGAGAUUUUAUCGACGGAUCAACUUUUUUGAAAUUCAUGUCAAAUAUUUCUUACAUUAAACUUCCACCUACACUUUUAGGAACGUAGUUUAGAGUGUAAGGGAUAAUUGGAUUCUUUCGGCGGUUUGAAGAAGGCGCGGCGAAUAUGAAGAAGCAGGAGCCUGCGGAAAAAAGGGCGAGAAGAUAGAGCCAUACUAAGAGGCGCAGAAACGACCCAACCAGAGUCCAAUUCAUUCACUCGUUUUUUCCAUCUUCUCAUUUUUCGUUUAACCCUCUCCUUCUUUCAACUUCUCCAAAGUACUUUCUCUGAGUUUAAUUGUGCCUUAUUCACUUCAGUUUACUACAAAAAUAACCUUACUUCUAAAGACAUUUUUGAGUCCGAUGUUUCAUGUCGUGAAGCGUUUCAUGCAUAUAGAAUGACGUCACUGUGCGGGCAAAACUUUUUUGAUGAGAAAUAAGGCAUUUGAAGUAGAAUCCUGAAGAAGCCCUCGGAUCUACGAAGGUCCUCACGAAAUGGAAAGAAAAACUUUAAAAAAUUUCCGCGCUUUCACUUCAGUCAUAAACGGGAGCAAUACUUACUAUUCUCUCUUACUUGAAUAAUCUAAUUAAAUAUUUUUUUCAAACUUGCGGGAGCCAAUGGAAUUCAGGUUUUGUGGUGUUUAUAUACUUUUGACUCGAACGUUAUUCACUACAAAACGAUACGGAGGAGCCUUGUAAAAAAUCGAGAAGCGACAGAAAAGGUGACAAUAAUAUCAAACAUAUUUCGGGCAACAAAAUUCUUGAACUGAAUUUAAUCUUGGAAACUCCCAUUCCCUCUAUCUCCAUUUGAAAAGCUCUGCGAGCGACUUCCGCAGCUAUAAUCUUACUAAAAUUGGUACUUCGGUCACCUAAUAUCUAAUUCACUCGCCGAAAAUCAAAACAAAUCAGUAUCUUACAUGAAGUUUUCUGAAAGUCAAUUUUCAGAAACAAAAAAAACUAGCUUUUAUUAAGUGAAAAGUAAGAGUGCGAAGAAAAUCGGCGUCUAUCGUUUAUGAAUGGCAGCGUUGCCCUAUUAAGGCUCGAACUCUUCAGUGCGCUGUCUAAUUGAAAAAGCAUAUGGAAUCGGUCCCGGGUGGGCAAUUUUUUCGGCGAGCGGCGCAAAAAGAAAAAAAAAGGCAGCAGAAUUCGAAUCCCACGCCCUCGAGUUGCUUCUGUUUUUGUUUGAUCUGGCGGUGGCCUUGUCGAUCCUCUUAUCACACCUGUCUCCUAUCUCAACCUGUGUUAUUAUCCUCCGAGCUCAUGAAAUUUCAUCCGGUUUUCUCUUCUCAAUUAUAAUAAAUUUUAAGGGACUUUUAUAAUACAUUAUGUUUUAAAAUGUUUUCUAAUAUAUUAAAGCAAAGUCUUCCACGGUAGACCGUGGAAGUUUCUUUUUUUUUAAUCUGGCACAUUGGGCUGUGGCAUAGCGUUCCGAAGUUGAUGAAUGGAUUCCGCGUUUCCAAUCUUUUGCAGAAGUCUCCAUCUGGAAACAAGGCUUUCCCUUCCAUCUAGCGGCUUAAGUCAAUCAUUUUACUCUCUGUUGGUUCCGUGAACAUUUCGCUUGUCAACAUUACUCAAUUCGUUCAUUUAUUUUUGUCUUCAUAAAGCCUUACCGAUUUCUCGCAUUUAUUUUCCAAUUUGAACGUAUUCAAAAAGUGCAAUUUUUUUUUCUUUUCAGAGCAUUACAUUAAUUUGCUCGGCAUUUAUCAUAAUAGUAGGCUAGUCUUCGUAGACUUGAAAUAGUUAUCAUUUGUGAAGAUUUUAAUGAAUUAUUGACUCUUGCUUCCCACAACAACUAAAAAUGGAUGACGAUUUCGUUGACAUGACGAUCGACGAAGAACAUCACUACGUAACCAAGGUUUAGCACAAAAUCCCCAUAUUUAUGUAUAAACGUUCAGCUUGGUUGCAAAUUCUACACCAAGAGCUUCUGACCUUUUUUUACCCAAAAAAAGUUAUCUGAAAUUGAGAAAGAAAUUGAUCACUUAUUCUGAGUUUUUAGUAAGAGUUUUAAAGAGGAAAAAUACCUAUUUUCGAGAAGUUCAAAAGUCGUUUACAGGGAGACAUUGUGUGCCUUUCUUGCGUCACGUCCCACAACAGAGAUGGCGUCAUGGGCUCUGAAAGGUUACAGUUUUUCAAAUUAUUUCCUUUUACUUAUUUUUAAAAAAAUCUGAGACUCAUACACGAACCAACCUUCUUUUCAAAACCGCCUUUUGAAAAAUUUUUACUUAUUUUGUGAACUUUUCUCAUAGAAUCGGUUUUUUUAAUUGCUUAGUUAUUGAAGAAAAAAAAUGUCUGCCAGGCCUUUUUCAAGAAUCGCGAAACUCAAAGUUCGCAGAAACUUUUUUUUGUCUAGCUACAUCAGUAGUAAAUUUCACGCUUCUUUUUAAAGAGUUUGCCUGUGCACAGAAGGCUUCGGCAACCGGAUGUGCACGCUGGAAAACGUGUCCGACAAGGUAAGUCAGAUAUUUUCCUCUUAAUUUUCACUAUUCAUAAUUUUUAAUUCAGGACAUCCCGCCGGACAUCGCCAUGUGCAUGUUGUACAUCGACAACGCGCUUUCAAUGCGUGCCCUCCAAGAGAUGAUGUCGGCUGACAGUGAACACGUGAGACUGAAGCUAAUUCCACUGCCCAACCACAGGAUUCAGAAGUCGGCGUCAGCCUCGGGUGCUGGAGGACACAAAACUCUCCUCUACGGACACGCCGUGCAAUUGAAACACGUUCAAAGCGAAAUGGUGGGAUUUCGUCACACUGAUUCAUCUCCGUUUUUCAAUUGAAUUUCAGUUUUUGGCAUGUCUCUCUUCUUGCUCUUCAAACGACAAACUCGCUUUCGAUGUAGGCGUCCAGGAGACAAACGAAGGUUGUUCAGAAAUAUUAUAACUACUGAACUCAUUUUCUCGGAUCAGUUGAAUAUAUUCCUUGAAUCAGAACUUUUCAACGAAAGUGUGUCAAAUUCUCUUGGAUGCGUAAAAUAUAUUCAAUUUUGAAAUCCUUUUGCAGGACGUUCGUGAAAUUCUUUUUAUUUAUUUCAUCAAUAAGUUCACUCAUUUAGUGCGUAAAGAAAGAGUCCGAAAACCUAGAAAACUAAAUAGUGAUUUAGGCGAGGCCUGUUGGUGGACUAUUCAUCCGGCCUCGAAGCAACGCUCCGAAGGAGAGAAGGUUCGAGUUGGAGAUGACGUCAUUCUAGUCAGCGUUGCUACUGAAAGAUACCUCGUAAGUUUUUUUUCACUCCCAUUCUAGGUUUCAAUUCAGCACAUGAGAAAAGGAAAACCUCGAGAAAAUGCGCCCAAAGCAGUAAGCCUAGUUGUUGUCUUUUUGGUGUUGUGUUAACUGUUGCUAUCGGGAAAAAAUGAGUUUUUAUCAGGAAAAAAAAAUUUCUUCCGUCUGUAACUCUUAGUUUUCAGCACAUGGCGAUCAAUAAAGGAUAUAUGGUGAUAGCUUCGUUCCAUCAAACUUUGUGGAACAUUCAGAGUGUCAGUUCUGGCAGCAUGAGAACCCGAAACAUGGGUGAGAAUGAAUUUUAUAUUUAAAUUCAUGAAUCGAAACAGGGUUUCUAUUCGGAAAUGAUGUUCUGCGGUUAUUCCACGGAAACGACGAAUGUCUCACCAUCCCCGAAAACUGGAGUGAGCAUCCACAGCACAAGUGCAUUUUUCUUUUUUUUUUAAAGAAAAAAUGAAUAGCUUUUUAGCAUGGUGAUCUACGAAGGCGGUGCGGCAGUGCAGCAGGCUCGGUCUUUGUGGAGAGUGGAACUGGCGCGAAUGAAAUGGCACGGAGCGCUGGUCGGUUGGGAACAGGUCUUCCGGAUAAAGCACAUCACAAGUGGAAGGUAACCAAAGUCUCAAAUUCUUUUUUUUUUUCAAGUUUGUCAACUUUCAGGUACCUCGGUGUUCUGGAAAAUGCUGUUCAGCUUUACCAUAAAGAGAAGGCUGAUUUCGAUUUGACAGCUUUCGUCAUGUGCCAAAAUAAAGAUCCAAAGAAGCAAAUGCUGGAUGAGAAGGAGGAGGAAGGUAUGGGAAACGCAACAAUCCGCUACGGAGAAACCAACGCUUUUAUCCAACACGUCAAGUCACAGCUCUGGCUUUCUUAUCAAACGACGGAAGUAACCAAAAAAGGACUGGGGAAAGUUGAGGAAAAGAAAGCGGUGGCACUGAAAGACGGCCACAUGGAUGACUGCUACACGUUUUUCAUGGCUUUAGAAGAAGAGUCGAAGUCCGCUCGAGUGAUUCGAAAGUGUUCUUCGGUGUUAAACAAGUUUCUUAAAGGCAUCGAUGCGCUGCAAAACGAGGGCAAUCAGUCUACAGACUGGACCCGCGUCGACCUCAACGAAGUUCUGAAACUUAUGGAGGACCUCAUUGAUUACUUUGCUCAACCCAGUGAUGAACAGGACUUUGAAGACAAACAGAACCGCUAUCGAGCUCUACGAUCUCGGCAGGACUUGUUCCAAGAAGAAGGCGUACUGAACAUGAUUCUGGACACUAUCGACAAAUUUUCGCAAAUGGAAGCCAUGCCUGAUUUUGCUGGAAUCAUUGGUGAAGAAACUCACGUGAUGUGGGAAGAAAUAGCUACCUAUCUCUACCUGCUGGUUGCCGCCAUGAUCAAAGGAAACCACGACAACUGCGCACAGUUCGCCUCAGCUCAGAGGCUUGACUGGCUUUUCGGAAGAUUGAGCAACCCUCAAUCAGCUGAAGGAAUCCUUGACGUUCUUUAUUGCGUUUUGACAGAAUCCCCUGAAGCGCUGAACAUGAUCAACGAAGGACAUAUUCGAUCUGUGAUCUCUCUUUUGGAAAAGGUCGGUAGAGAUCCCAAGGUACUCGAUGUUCUGUCUUCCCUCUGCGAAGGUAACAGCAUGGCUGUCAGAAGUUCGCAAAACCUCAUUACCCAGUAUUUGCUGCCUGGAAAAGACCUCCUACUGCAAACCGCCAUGCGUGAUCACGUUAGCAGUAUGAUGCCAAACUUAAUGCUUGGCGUCGUUGAAGGAUCUGCGCUUUUCAGAAAAUGGUAUUUCGAGGCUGAAGUUGAACACAUCGAGUCCAUGACGAAACAGUUGCCUUACCUCAGGAUCGGAUGGGCCAACAGUGUCGGUUUCAAGCCUUUUCCUGGCUCCGGAGACAAAUGGGGGUGUAACGGAGUCGGCGACGACUUUUAUUCUUAUGGCUUCGACGGAAAGUCCAUGUUUUUUGGUGGGAAAGGCAGAACUGUUGGACACAGGCUUUUGCAAAAAGGAGACGUGGUCGGUUGCUCAAUUGACUUGACCGUUCCUGAGAUCAGAUUCACCGUCAAUGGUAACGCGAUGCAUGGGACUUUCAAAAACUUCAAUGUCGACGGUUACUUCUUUCCAGUGAUGUCGUUGAGCGCCAAAGUCAGUUGUCGGUUCAUAUUCGGUGGGGACCAAGGGAGACUGCGAUUCGGUCCUCACAGCGGCUUUUCGGCCGUUGUCGAGGCUGCAAAUGGAGUUCUACAAAUCACGGACUGUUUGUCUUUCGGAGACCUACCAAAAAAUAUUUACGCUGGACCCCAAACAAUCUUUAACAACCUGGAACCCUUUGUUCCAACGCCAAUCGACAUCAGCUCUAUUCAGCUAAUGCACCACGCUAAUGACGUUCAUGGAAAGUACGCGGAAAAUUUGCAUGAGUUAUGGGCUAUGCGAAAAAUCGAGCUGGGAUGGUCUUACAGUGAAUUCAGAUCGGAGACUAGCCGCAAACACCCAUGUUUGACAUAUUUCGAGAAACUUCCUGCAACUGAAAAGCAAUAUAACAUCACUCUUGCCUUGUCAACCAUGAAGACGAUCGAAGCUCUUGGAUAUCACAUGAUCGUAGACACGCCACCGUGUCGUUUAAGACCUAUUCGCCUCGCACAAAACUUCCAGCAAGAAAAUGGGUAUAAGCCACAACCUUUGGACACUCACGAAAUUCAACUGCCAGCUGAGUUGACACCGCUGAUCGAUGCUCUAGCUAAAAACACUCACAACGUUUGGGCGAAAGAAAAGAUCAAACGAGGAUGGACGUUUGGACUGAGCGAAUUUGUGGAUGCCACCCAAAAACGGUCUCCGCAUCUGGUGCCAUAUGAGCAGGUCGACGAACGUAUCAAACAAGCCAACCGCGAAUCAGCCGCAGAAAACAUCCGUGCUCUUCAGCUUUUUGGUAUUUUCCUAGAGCCACCAGGACAUGAACAUGAUGAAGUCGCCGAAAAAGAACUGAGAGCACGUCGCGACCACACAAGAACCUACCGGGCAGAAGCAACUUACGCAGUCAGCGCGGGCAAAUGGUAUUUCGAGUUCGAGAUUUUGACUGCCGGUUUCAUGAAGAUCGGUUGGAUGGAUAUUGCCGCCUCGCCAGACAUUCAGUUGGGACAAGAUGAUCGAAGUUAUGCUUUCGACGGCUAUCUUGGAAGGAAGUGGCAUCAAGGACCUGAGACCUACGGCAAAGAGUGGAAAAUCGGAGACGUCGUUGGCUGUUUCCUCGACCUCAACGACAGAACAAUAAGCUUUUCGCUAAACGGCGAGCUCUUACUGGAUCCGUCAGGAUCAGAAAUGGCCUUUGACAACGUGAUGAACGGUGAAGGCUUGGUGCCAGCAAUGACACUGGGAAGCGGACAGAAGGGAAGGCUCAACUUCGGACAAACGAGCAACUCUUUGAAGUUCUUUACUACAUGCGGUCUGCAGGAAGGCUAUGAGCCUUUCUGUGUCAACAUGUACCGCAACAUGCCUAUGUGGUUUGCCAAACAGCUUGCCUGCUUUGAAGACAUUGGUCCUACGUCACAAAUCGAGGUAGUGAGAUUUGAGUAUUCGUUUAAAAUUCUAUCUUUUCAGGUGUCUCGAAUCCCUGCAACUGGAAACAGCCCGCCAUGCUUGAAGAUAACCCAAAAAGCAACUUUGUCCGAGGGAGGUCCUUCUGAAAAAGCCAAGAUGGAAUACAUCCGACUUUCGCUUCCGGUGAAGUGCAACGACACAUUUAUAAAGAAUAAGUUGGUUCGCAGACCAUCGAUUUUCCCGAACCAUUAUUACAGAGACAAAGACGCGAUUCGAAGACAACUCGCAGAGUACAAGCCUCGCUCUCAGUCUGUGGUGUCACAGAUUAGAGCGCCCGGAAUUCCCAAAGAGUUCGAAGACAACAAAGAAAAGAAGACAGGAUUCCUAAGAGCAAUGCUGGGCUCCAAAGACUCGCACGACUCUGACGAAGAGCAGAGCAGAUCUGCAAGGUCCAGAGCAGCCUCGAAGCAGCAUUCGUUUGAGACCGACGGAGAGCCGCCUGGCGUCAGGUGAGCAUUUUUUUCCUCAAUAAUACACAGUUUUUUUGUCUUUUUUUAUUUCCCGAGACUAUUAGCGUCAUUUCAACGAUAACAGCUUGAGAGUGUUCACUCAUAUUUACAUUUUCUUGACUGCUUUUGGGUUUCCGCCAUUAACAGAUAGUAUCACUCACUUGGGCAUUUUUUGUGCGAGAUUUCUUCUUUGUCCGCUGAAGUCUAUCGAUAUGCGUGAUCCUGGACAAUAAAUGAAUUAAAAUACAUUAAUAACAAUUCUGUGUGAAAAAAAAAACUUCCUUUAAAUAUAAUGCUCCCCUAAAGUCAUUCCAAUAGAACUAUCACUUCUGAACAUAAAAAAAGCUAUAGAUUUCUCAAUAAUAUAGUGAAAAAAAAAACCAGUAGAAACAAUGUCUAAAUCGUGAACAUUGAAAGAUGUCAGAAUAAAAAAAAUUUUUUUAAAUAAUGAAACUUACUGCUUCGAUUAGCUCGGGGUUAGAAACGUGUCGUGGGAUUGCAGUCAACGACGUCGUGUGCUAACCUUAAUGAACUUCGGUAUGUAUUCGUUCGACGAGUCAAUUCUCACCUGGCUUCACGUCAACGACGACGACCACCACAAAUGGAAAAACAUCUUCAGGUGCUCCUCCAAAGCCCUUCCUCUUGCGCAUGAUGUGGUGUGCCAUUUUUCGCUCCGAAUGCUUUAAACUAACCUUUUCAUUUAAAACUUUCUGAAAAAAAAUUACCUGGAUAAGCGGAACUAAUUGAAAAUGUCGCGAAACACGUUCGAAGUUAAUUUCCUGAUAAAAUCCAAGGAUAAAAACAUUUAUAAAUUUAUGAUAAAAAUGGUAUAAUUGAAAAAAAUUCAAAAUGUUUUCUCUCUACGGCAACCCUGAAGGCAACGUUUUUGAACUGUCCUAUUCUCUCGAAAGUAUAGGACAGUUCGGACCGGUGUGCCGUAUUCAACGUAAUUUCACGCAAUGCAAAAUUAUCUUCUGCUCUCCAAAAUUUAGUUAUCUUUUUCUUUCUCUGACAGCUAUUUCGGUUUUCGCGAAAUCAGUUUGAACACGGCAUUAUAGUUUGUUCAGAAUUUGAAUGUCUAACAGCAAACUCCGCUUUCAAAAACGCUCUGUCGUUGGCUUCCUCUCUGAUUGGUUUGAACCAGUGCUGCUAACGGGGUGCCCCGGGGCGACCCGGUCUGGUCAGCAUCUCUGGUUUGAACUACGCAUAGGGGGCGGAGUUAGAGCAAUGACUUGAUAUUCAAAACCUGAAUAUUUAUCACACGCCUGUUUAAGGUGGCCGGUCGUAUUACGAUAGUUUUGAUAGUUGGAUAGGUUUUUCGAUAAUAAAAUGAAAUCUUGUGUCCUCUUUGUGACGUAACUUACCUUGUACCUCGAGAAAGAGGUCCUUAACAAAUUGCAAAAAAAAAGAAAAUUAAAAAAAUUUUCUGGUUCCGAAACUGACUGUGCAAUAUUGACCGGCCACCGGCCGCCGUAGUACUGUCUCAAACAUGCGUGAUUAAUAGAAGAAGUCAAUUUUUUUGGAAAGUUAGGCCGCUUUUUGGAUUUGCGAAAUACGACAUCACGAUAAUUAUAUAGUCUAUAUGCUUCAAAACGAAAAAAAUCGUGUUCAUUGGCGCGCCAAAGUUGCUCCAAAACAGUACUAAAUUUUGUUUUAAAGCAAUUUUUUUGCGUUUCGGGACAAUUUUCGUUUUGUCCGAUCAACACGUCAUUUAAAGACUUAUUAAAAAUUUACAAAUUUAUUAUUUCCGUACCUGUUUUUGAAUUUAAAUUACCAAACUGUCCCGUGGAAAUUUUUUUGUGAUAAUUUUUCAAGUGCAGCUAUAGGAAGUAUGCAAAAAGUUGAAAAAAAUAAACGUUUUUCAAACUUGUAUUUCGAUUGAAAAGGCAAAAAGAAAAGAAGCAGAACACCACGCGCGUGCGCGCUGCAUGUCUGAGUAAUUUUUUUCAUUUUUAUAGUUGAUAAUAAAGCAAAAAUGAACUAUCCUCUAUAUAGAUCUAUGAAAAUGACUGUCGCCAGAAUAUUCAGCUUGUUUUUACCCCGAUCGAUUAAUUUGGAAUGUAUGCUCCUGAGCUGUUGAUUUUUCUUUAUAUAUGAAUUGCUUCAUUUCUUUUCAAAUUUAAUUUUCUCAAUAGGACACAUUUUUUUGACGGUAUACUUAAUUCAGACGAUCGCUGCUUGAGCUUCAUCCAGAUGAUCGCCAGACAGCAGAAGACCACUUGCGUGAAAUUUCUGACCGUUCGGAGAAGCCGAAAAAAGGCGGACUAUUGAGUCGCCUCCGCGAUUCCAGCCACAACAGGAAAAAGUGAGCUUCCUGAAAAUAUUUUGUCGUAGAAAUGAAGAUUAAAUUGUUUUUGAACUUGGGCUGUAUUAUUGCUUCAUAGUUUUUUAUUGUAACUGUCGAUUGCGAUUGAUCCGUCGUGAUUUGAGGGAAGAAAAACGAAUCGAAGAGAAACAAGCGGCAUUGCGUAAUAUGAAAAACAACUCGAGGUCUUUCGACGCUGGAAGUCUAGAACCAGCGGCUAUUGCGACGCCUACAGGCCAGAAAGACGUUCUCGGUAUGUUUAAUGUUUAAUUUUUAAUGUCAAGUGCAAUGAAGUCAUUGAAAAAAACUCUGUGGAUGGCUCACUCUUUGAUUGGUUAUCGCACCAUUAGGGGCGGAGCUUGAGCGACGACUUGACAUUCAAGAUCUGAACAGACUGUAUUUCAUCCAUUAAAAAACUUUUUCUGAAAAUUUUAGUUUCUCUCUGCGUGAAAAGUUUUGUAUUAUUGACCGUGUACACAAAAAAGUGCACCAUGUACCAAAAGUGAUGCGACCUCUUGUAUGAGUAUGGUUUCAAAUGUAUUUCAGCUUCGGGAGAGAUGCCGUUGUCAGGACCAGGAAGAACUCUUGCCGUCAAGCGAUCCUCGUUGAAGAAGAAAAAAGGAAAGAAGGAACAGAACGUGGUGGUUACCGAGAAAAAAGGCUCGCUGAUCCCUCCGGAAGCGAAUCUUGACGCCCUCUACCAGGAGAGUGACGCGCACGCCUUGGUUGCUCUCAGCGACAAGGUCGACGAGUACUACUACGGCCUGCGAAUUUUCCCAGGCCAAGAUCCUGCUAACGUCUACGUCGGCUGGGUUACCACGCAGUACCACUAUCACUCCACUACUUUCAACGAGCCCCAGGGUGUCCGGAAAUGUCGUUUCUCUGAGUCUGAUCAUCAUGGUGUUACCGUGGAUAGGUUUGUUCAUUUUUUGUUGAACUUGUAAAAAAAACGUCAGUUUCAAAUGUUCAGGGUAAUUUAUUUUUUAUAUAUAUAUAUAUAUCAGGAAUGAAAAAAACUUAGAAAAAUGUACUUCGAGUUCUUCUGAAUCCAAUUCAUUUAAACUUUUUUCCACUUUUGACUUUCAUGCGUGCUGUAGAUUUUUAAAGUUUGUCCACAGUAAGUUUGAAGAAAAAUAAGAAAGCUUUUUUGGCGUUGCAGAUGCGUCAAAAUUCGACUAGACGAAGAUCACAGUCAACCCAAAUUUUUGACAAGUUCCAUAAAUUUUCAAUAAUUAUAGCGUUCAAUCGCAAAACUGCUACAUGGUCAACGUUUCUGAAUUGCUCGCAACGACUCCGGACGUAGCCAAUACCAAGGUGAGUUAUUUCGUUGGAUUCAUCUGAACUUCUCCUUUUCAGGUUUCGGGCACGUUGAUCGGCUGCAUCGUCGACACUUCUGUCGGAGAACUCUCUUUCCAAAUCGGAGGUCAAGACACCAACAUCAAAUACAAGGUGAUGAGGACGAGGAGGUCUCGGAGAUAGGUUGAUUUGUAGCUCGAGCCUGGCGCGAUGCUUUUCCCCGCAGCAUUCGUCACUCCUACAGCGACGGAGAUUCUGCAGUUCGAACUCGGACGCAUAAAGGUUCUGAAUUACACGAAAGUUAUUAGUUUUUGAGAAAAAAACGCGUCCAAAGGGUAGGUCCUUUAGCGACCUGACCAGUCCUUAAGUCUUAAUGCCGAGUAAAUGAAGGGAAAAAGAGUUCAUGAAGGAACAGUGAAGGAUCUAAUUUUAUUUUAUUUUAAAUCGCUAUAGUUUUCUUCACUAUAAUUAGAUUUCGUUAAAGGAAAAAAAUCGUAAUUAAUUUUAAAUAAUUAAUUCCGUAACCAACUGGUAAUUUUUCAACAAAUUUUCUACCAACAGGCAACACCUACAGGGCAAAAUCUUAGAAAAAAAAGUAUUGUUUGUUCAUCUGAAACAAUUUCUAGUACACGUUCCCGUUGUCUGCGGCCAUGUUCAAGUCGUGUGAGAAGUCUCUGGUGCCCUUCUGUCCACCGCGCUUAGCCGUCGAGCAGCUCGAAAGCGUCUACUGGGCGCGCGUGCCCAACGAAACUCUGAGGACGACUGCUCUCAAGUUGAGCGACGUCAGAGGUGGAGUUGAAGGGAAGAACGAAGAAGAUCUCUGCUUCAGGAUGGUCAGUCUUGUGCAAUGAUCCGGUGCGGAUCAUGGCGCUGUACGUGCCCGAGAAGGACAUGUCCUUCGACAUCCUGGAGAUGAUCGAGAAGCCUGACAUGCUCGACUUCCACCGGCAGACUCUCAACCUCUACUGCAAACUAGCGAGUCACGGAAACCAGAAGGUGGCUCACGUGCUCUGCCAACACGUCGACGAGGAUCAAAUCAUGUACACCAUAAAGAGUCAUUGUCAGUUUUUUUAAAAAAUGUUUUCAAAAAAAGAAAAGGGAUUUCAUGAAGUCAAAACACUGUCUGGAAUAAAUUAUGAUUCAAAAAGUCGCUUCUCCGCCAAAAGUUUCAGACUAAUUCAUUCAAAUCAUUUUAAUUUCGAUCAGCGAUGCGUCGUAACCGGAGAAGUUGAUUGAAUAACUGGCUAUUCAAUAUUUUUUGUCUCUUCUGAGUUUUUUUUUCAAAUGGAACGCAAGUUUCGAUUGGAAAACAGCCAGACGACCUGUGAAAUAGAAAGCUGUGAGCCGCUUUUGAAUGGAAAAGUUUAGACUUGUCGGGACCUCUGCGACAAGGAUUCCACGACCUUCUGAUCGCAUUGCACCUGCAAAGCCAUACGGCGGCUCGACUGAGCAUGGCUCGCGAAUAUGUCAUUCCUCUGGUGCCACAGCUGCAAAUCACCAACGUCCUGGACCCCGACAACGAGACCAGGUCUGUUCCGACUGAAGUUCCGUCUCUUUUAUUUUAACCGCUUCAGGUUCCCUCAAAUCACCGGCUCAUCCGUGUCAAUGUUGUCUGUUAUGGCUUCGGAGCCGGUCAGGAAAGAGUCAGUUUCAUGAUAACUUCAAUCCCGAAAAACAAAAAAUUGAAUUAAAAAAAAAUUAGGCACGAAAAAUCAUCUUAUAUAAACGAUUUGCACGUACUUCAAAGAUUUUGUGCUCUACGAUGACCCAGCUCAAAGCUAAUGUACUAUUUUCAAUCAAUCAAGUCAUUUGUUUUGUUGUUUUAGUCAGAUGUAAUCGACUAGGCGGUAAACAAGAACUUUAAAAGCUAUAACGAACAACCGCCUUUGGCGAACUAGAAGUCCAAACGUGUAGUCGAAAGAGUUGAAAGCAUGAUCUUGCGGUCCUUCGUCUCGUUACUUUGCGCGUAGUCCAGCCAGUUGCGGUUUGACGAGCUCAGAAUGUAGCGGGUGUUGCGCUGGAGCCCGGAGACCGUGCUCUAGGUGGAAGCCUCGGAAUGAGAGCGAUCGCUUGAGUGAUGAUUUUGAUUAGUUUUUUUUUGCAGUUUUUCCCUGAAAAUACUCCCGAACUCAGAUUGUGAUGUUAUAUCACUAAAGGAAAAAUGAGCAAAAGGUUGAGUUUAUUUAUUUAUUUGUUCAGGGUUUAUUUGGACGACGAAACGAAGCUUUUGCCGCCGUCCAUCAACUUCGACGCCCUCAAAUCACACGUGAUGGAAUCGCUGCAGUCGGCGACUCAACACGCCGUCAUGAACUGUCGAGAUCUCAUCGGCGGCGACAACACGAACCACUUCGAGUUCUAGCUCUUCUUUUCUCACUCACCCAUCUUUCCGAUUCUCAGACCCUUGAUGAAACUGUUCGAUCAUUUGCUGGUCAUCGGACUCAUCGACGACAGCGAAAUUGAAACUUUGCUCAAACUGAUACAUCCCGCCGCCUUUGAUGAAACAUACGAAAUAGGUAGUUCUUCUUGAGGAUUUUUUUUUAAAUUACAGCUCAGUGAUGUCUCGAGGUGAAAAGUUUUGGAGAAACAAAACUGACCGCAGUUUUCACAGUUCAUUCCGCCCACUGUAAAGUGUAGCAUUUUUUGAGAUCUGUUUGAAAUUCUUUUAACAUUUGGUUUCAACCGAUCAGAGGAAUUCUGGCGACAUGAAGAUUUCUUUGAACAAAGGUUAUUUCGAGGGCGAAUAUACUUUUUUGUCCAUAAACAGUGGAAGCGUAAUUUGGAAGAAAAAGUAAAUGUAAUGUGAAAACCUUAAUAACUUGAUGAGGUACAAAAAUAUGAAUUAACUUCACUAUUUUUUAACCAUAUUCAAAGGCUCGACAAGCAAGGGACUCACUGAAAUCGAGCUCGCGGAACCCGUCAAAAUCCAGUUUGUCUGCAUUCUCAACCAUCUUUGCGAUAUUCAAGUCAGUUUUUUUUUCUGACAUUGAGAAUAGUCUUUGAGCAAAAAAAAAACAAGCUUAGAAUGGCAACUUGUACCUCAUGCACAGAGAAAAAGGUGAAUCGAUUUCAGCUGCGUCAUCGAAUCGAAUCACUUGUUGCGUUCACAGAAGGUUUCGUCGGGGAACUGCAAGCCGACCAGUGCAGAAGGUUCGCUACUUCAUCGAAAAAAGUAGAGAUCUCUAUGAAACCACUCGGGGGAAACUGUGGCCUUGAACUCGUGUUUUUCAACUUGAGAUUUGAGGUACAUGGACAUCAAACAGACGGACAUGCCUCCAGCGGAAGCUGCCAAGAAAACCAAAGAGUUCCGUUGCCCGCCCAAAGAGCAAAUGUUCCGACUUCUCAUGUGCAAGGUCUUGCUCUUCACGAAUCUUCCUUUUGAUGAAGACGUUCAGGUGAAAGACGAAAGAGAUCCGUCUUUUUUGGAAGAAGACGCAGACAUCGACCAGUGUCCCAUGAACGAUUCACUCCAGCAGCAGGUUCCUUUUGAGCCAUCACACCAUUAGUUUUUACUCAAAACUCAGUCGUCAAAAAAGUUCAAUUUUUCGAAAAGCGGUGUUUUUCUAAUCCAAAUAGUUGAAGAAAAUAACAAAAGACCAAAAUAUUCGAACUUUUUUUAACUGUCUCUAUAAAAAAAGUAUAAAGUUGAAAAAGAAGAAUCGUAAUAUUUGCAGCUGCGUGAUUUCUGUGAUUUGCUAGUGGCAAAGAUUGGAAACGCGUCGGCGGAAGCGAGUGACGACCAGCUGGCUCUCAUCGAAUCAGAAGAAGGAUCCUGGGUACUUCGGCUUUUCAAAAUUUCUCAUUCGAGCUCUACUUGAAGGUGGACUCUCUGGCUCGGAUCGUAGUGAAAGUGCCGCCGCCCAUUCAAGAGGAAGACGUCGACGUCCAACGAAAAGGGACAGAAAACUUUAGGUUUUCCCGAGGAGAAACAAGGUUUUCAUGAUAAUAAUCUGAAGGAUGAUGAUAGUGACGAUGCUCCGCGACUGGGCGCAAAACGCGUUCAUCGAGAGCAACGACUUGAUCCGCAGCAUGUUCGAGCUUCUUCUCAGACAGUACUCCGGAGUCCGCGAGGUGGAAAACCACAAUUUCUCGGAAAUGUCUAUUUUUUCAGCUACGAGAUGGGAUGGCUCAAACCUACGUUCUCCACGAGAGGAACGUCUUGGAUGUGACGGAUUUCAUCGUCUACCUCAUCCAAAUCCGCGAACUUCUCACGGUCCAGUUCGAACACACCGAGGAGGCGAUUCUGAAAAGAGGACUAUGGCGAGUCCGACACCGUCAAUAGAAACGAUUUCGAGUUCAGGAAACUCAUGAACAACCGCAUUUUCUUCCAACAUCCAGACCUGAUGCGUUUGCUAUCUGUGCAUGAGAACGUCAUGUCGAUCAUGAUGAACAUCCUGACGGCUCAGCAGGGUACUGUCGAGCACGAAGGCGACGAACUCAAAGAAAAGACUCCAAUCAAGGUUUUUUCCAUUUUUGUUUUGUUUUUGAAGUCUUCGUAAGUGUGCAUUACCAUGCAUACAAGGAAACUUGCUUCUAUACCUAGCUAUUUAUCAAAAUUUAUUGUAAUAACUUAAAAAGCAUAUAGGUGAAGUACUUUUUCUAAUCAGUCUUGAAAAAAAAGUUAGUUUUGAGAAAAAUUAGGAAUUUUUUCUUGUUUCAAGAGUUAUUUCUGUCAUUCGCUGGGAUCAAAAAAUCGAAAUAUUCGAGUGCUGUUCAUUUCCCUUUGUUCAGGAUGCCUCGGAAAUGGUGGUGGCGUGUUCUCGAUUCCUGUGCUACUUCUGCAGGACUUCGCGGCAGAACCAAAAAGCCAUGUUCGAGCAUCUUUCCUUCUUGCUCGACAACGCGACGAUGCUCCUGGCGAGACCUUCGCUCCGGGGCUCGGUCCCCCUCGACGUCGCCUACUCCUCCUUCAUGGACAACAACGAGCUGGCUCUAGCUCUGAAAGAGGAAGAGCUGGACAAGGUGCGGAAACGUCCAGCACUGACUUUCGAAAGCUAUGAGCAUAUGUCCGAAACUUCUGUUGAGUCGGGAACUUAUUUGGUUUUUUAUUUUUUCUCGGACGGUAAACAUUGCGAUUCACAACCCGGUCUCUCUGCUGAAGCUGAUGUGGAAUUUUCAGUUUUCAUCAUAUUAUCACUUUUUGAUCCCUCUUUUCGGAGAAAACGCGCAGAAAAAAUUUGUUCUAUUUACAUAAACUUUUUCUUUUUGCUUUUUUCUCCAAAUCAUCCAACUUCAUUGCAGGUUGCGGUUUACCUGUCGAGAUGUGGCUUGCAGCCGAAUUCUGAACUGAUUGCCAAGGGCUACCCUGACAUCGGAUGGGAUCCUGUUGAAGGAGAAAGGUUUCAGAAAGAUCUUCUUCUAUUAUCGUGUGAUACUUCCAGGUACAUCGACUUCCUGAGGAUUUUGCGUGUGGAUAAAUGGAGAAAACGUGGAAGAGAACGCGAAUCUUGUCAUCCGGCUACUUAUCCGACGACCUGAGUGUCUGGGAAUCGCUUUGAAAGGAGAAGGACAAGGUCUUUUUGCGGCUUUCAAAGAGGCGAUAGCCCUGUCUGAGGACAUCCGAGUCCUCGAAAACGAAGGAUCGAGAAGCGUCUUGCGCAGUGGACUUCUUGGCGAGGAGCCGUGAGUUUUGCGUGAAUGUGGGGUCCGAAAUUGUCAUUCUUUCAGUUCUUAUCCAUCGAAAGACGUCGAAGGAGAGGACUACAUCGAUCUUGGAGCCGCUACUUUGGACUUUUACUCGAGUCUCGUUGAUUUGCUUGCAAAGUGUGCCCCUGAUCCGAUGGCCAUUCAGGUGAUCUUUUCUUUUUCUUUUUGAUUUCCGUUUCCUUUUACAGGCCGGAAAAGGAGAUUCGCUUCGCGCCAGAGCAAUUUUGCGAUCUUUGAUUUCUUUAGAAGACUUGGGUCAGAUUCUCAGCCUGCGAUUUACGAUUCCAAAUUUGGCCACCGCUACUGCUGAUGGUAUGAGUAUAUAUUCGAGGAUCCCUGAAAUUUGGGCUUCAACUCUGGAAAUAAGUGCUCCAAGAAAGGAAGUGAAUAAAAAUUUAGUUUUAGAUUCCGAUGCUGUAAGUUUUUUUUUCCUGAAACAGUUGCUGAUAAGUUGAAACCAUUGCUUUCUUUUAAACUAAAACGGGAGAUAUUUGAGGUACUUGGUUUUUUUUUUUUUGCUAAAGCAAACGCGUUUGUUAAGUAGUCUCCGGAGGUUGAAACUUCUAAGCUCAUAUUAGCUUUUUUUUUCGCGUUAGAAUUUAACAUAUCGGAAACGCAUACUGUCCAUGAACUUUUUUUCUGUUUCACCCAAUACACUGUCCACUGUUUUGUCCGUAACUGCUCGAGUGCAGAGUGAGUCCUAGCUGUUGUUUGAAACUAAUAGAAAGUUACCGUGCAGCUCGCCGAGCGAUGACGACGUCGUGCGCCAACAAAACAGCUCUGGCACACACUUUCGCGAUGGUUGCUUCGCUGGCCUCGGAAGUCUCGCAGAACACGGCGCCGUCGCGACGACCUCCGUCGAGUUUGUCCGCCCUGCGACUGCCGCGUCUAGAGGAGAUCGACUCUGAAGAUCCGCCUUCUUCGGGAUCCGAGUACGCCUCCGUCCACACUUCCUUCUCGUCAGGCAACGAGAUUUUCGCCCCCAAAGGAGCUGAGAAGACUUCGACAGCGAUAUUCCGAAGGCCUAGCAAGUUUUCGAGGCUUAACAAUGGUACGCCCAUGUUUGGAGAUGAACCUGUCUAUUAUACUUUGCAUAGCGCCGAAUUUCCAUCAAAACUUUCCUUCUCUGGCUGAAGUAUGAUAUUUCCCAACUUUUGAAGCAUUCGAAGAUUAGAAUUCAAAAGUUUCUUACUGAAAAAAAAACUGAACGAAAUCUGCAAUCGUUUUUUCGAGGAAAUGAGGCUUGUUGCGUAGUUGACAAAAAUAAAGUCUUUAAAAAUUCAUUUAUUUGGGAAAUUAUUGAUAUUCUUUGCUGUGAGUUUCGUCCUAAGUGUUGAUAACAUGAAUUUAAAUGUUUUAACCCAUGUGAAAACUUGAUUUUAUCUUUGUUUUUGAAGUUCAAAUCAAUGUCUUUUUUUAGGAAAAAAUGAUGUACUAUUUUGUGUGAGUUUUUCCUAACCGAGUGUCAAUAACUAGAAUCUUAACUAUACUUGUUGAUCCAAACCUUUUUUUGAAGUCCAAAUAAUUGCCUCAUCGCGCAGUUUCCAGAAACUGGUCCACUUCCUGGACUCCUUCCAAAUCACAAGGGCUCGGUGCUUCUCUUCCUUGACAGGUUCCCAAAAGUCAGAAUGUUUAUUUCGAGUUUGGCUUGUAGGGUUUAUGGAAUCGAUUCUCAAGAUAUGCUGUUCCACUUUUUGGAGCAAAGCUUCCUGCCCGAUCUCCGCGCCGCCACCAUGAUGGAUUCUGUAGGACUCUAUGGGUUGCUUUUUAUGGAGGUAUUUCCAGCCAAAAGCCUUGGAAUCGGACACGGCCCUCGCUCUCAAUCGCUACUUGUGCAACUCGGUUCUUCCACUUCUCACCAACCAUUCCCACUUUUUCUGCGACGCGGAACACCACGCCGCGCUUCUCGAUGCCACCUUGCACACGGUUAUUCAAGAAAAAGAUUCAUUUCACCGAAUUCUUGAUAGGUCUACCGUAUGAAUCGACUCAAAUCUUUGACGAAAAAUCAACGCGAUGCCGUCUCUGACUUUUUGGUAGCAAUAACCCGAGAACUGCCUCCUGGAAUGAUGAUCAAACUGCUGAAAAAGGUGAUCAGCGACAUUUCUUCGAUGAGCGACAUGAACGUCCUGGUGCCACUGAGGGUUCGUUGGUGACUCUGGAUCGAGAUUUUUGAAAGUUUCUAGUUGAUCACUCUGCAUUAUGAACGAUGUGCCAAGUACUACGGUUCGGGAAACCAUUAUGGCGUCGCCAGCGAGCUCGAGAAACGGCUUUCGAUGUUGCUCUUCUACGCCAUUUUCGAUACACUUGGCAGUCGCGCGUACGAUCCAGAACUCUUUGGAAAGGUUUGUUUUUGAGAGCAAAAAAAAAAUAAAAAAUACUCUUCAUGAGACUUGCAAAAAAAAGCAAUUUUUUCAAUUGAUUCUCGAAAAAAUCGGAAAAAAGGAGAAAUUAAUACUCUAAACAGAAAAGUCUUUCAGUAAAACCAUUUCGAGCAUUUAAAGAUCUCAAUUUCAUGUUACAAUUACUUUGAAACCUUCUGAACUUAUAGCGCCGGGUUCAGACAGGUGGAUAUCUGAUACAUGGAUGAACGGUAAUUUAUAUAGAUGAAAAUUCUGAAAGGCAGAUAUUUAAAAUUGUGUGAAGAAAGAAAACUAUAUGAGAUGGUGACUGGUUUUUUUGAGGUCUCUCAUUUUUAAUUGCUUAUAUCUGCUUUUUUCAGGUUUUGAGAAACACUUUUGAGCUUUUUUUGUAGGCUUUGCCGUGUAUGACAGCUAUCGGCUCUGCUAUUUCACCCGAUUACACCCUCACAACUGGAGCCGAUGACGCUAAGAUGGUCAGUUUUCAUUUGAGGAAUCUAGAAGAAAUCGUUUUGCAGGACAAGUUAAAAGACGAGGAAGGCGCCUGGGUGCCGCGGACGGUCGACGUCUCGCGCAUCGACAUGAGCCGCGACCUUCAGCAAAUGACCGAACUUUUCGCCGAGCAUUUCCACGACUCCUGGGCCAGUCGCAAGCUCGAAAAAGUUCUCGGGCCCGCGUUUUCGAUUCAAUAACGUGGUUCCAGGGUUGGACUCACGGAGAUUUGUACUCGAGACAGACACUGACUCAUCCUCGUCUCAAGCCUUUUUCCCUGCUCAAAGACUUUGUCCGUGAUCCUUGUCUUUCAUCAUAAAUCCACCUGGUGAUUGUAGGAAAAAUCGUUCUACAAAGAGCGUUGUGCGGAGUGCAUAAAGGCGCUGUUGGCUUGGGGUUACAGCUUCGAAUUGGCGGAUCGCGAUGCCGCAGAUCGCGCCUCUCACGCACGGACUAUUUCUGGUUUUUUUUUCCAAUCGUUCUUAGUUUCAAGGAGAUACUUCAGGAACUUCCAUCCAGAACUUCGCUCCAAAACCUGUCGACUUGAGCAGCAUGACCUUGGAAAAAGUAUCCCACUUUUAUGAUUUUCACUCUGAUCGACAUUUUAGGAAAUGAUUGCAGCUGGAGAAAAAAUGGCCGAACAUUCUCACAUGAUUUGGGCAAAAAAGGUUGGAUUUCAGAAAGUUUUUCAACGGAGAACUGUGCUACGGUCAAAAAAAACAAUUGAAAAAACUAAAGUUUUAGUAAAAAAAUUUUGUAAGAAUAGAGUAAACCUUGAUGGAAUAAGGUUAAGGAAUGUUUUUUUCAACGAUAGUUUUGACAGGUAAUGAAUGAUCUGAACACAAAAGGCGGAUUUAUGCCGAUGCCUUUGGUUCCCUGGGACUUGCUCACCGAUUUCGAGAGACGCAAAGACCGAUUUCGCGCCAACGAAAUCCUCAAAUUUUUGCAGUACCAUGGCUACCACGUCAACAGGUUUUUCCUCCAUUACUAAGUUGGUUAAUCAGCUCAUCCAGCUCGCAAUUGGACUCAGCUCAAAACGAAAGAACGAAAAAUGAAGGAGAGCGAUCUUCAGUUGAAAAGCGUUUCGCCUACAACCUAUUGGAAAAGCUGAUCCAGGUUUUUUUUUUUUAGUUUUUUGAUCAUCCACGCAUAAAAAAAUGUAUUGGUUUAGUAUCUGGAGCAAGCGAGUCUGAAGAUGAAGUCGGUGAAGCCGAGUCAAGAACUGACGCGGAGGAAUUCUUUCAAAAAGGAAGGUCGAGAUGUGAAGUUUUUCGAGAAGGUUGAACAUGGAGGGUUUCAAGCAAACGAAGGGAGAUUCAGGUCGUCUUGCCUCUGAUGCACGCCUAUUUCUGCGCCCAUAAAAACUACUUCCUCGAAGGAUCUUCCAUCGUUCUUACUGGCACGGCCAGCAACAAAGAAAAAGAAAUGGUGGCCAAGUGGGUUUACGAAACCAAGAGAAAAUAUUUUUUUUUAGUACGUGGUAUCAAUUUUGAGAUGUUGAGACACUUGAAUUUUUUUUCGAAUAGCUUCGAGAUCAUAGUUUUUGUGGGGAUAACUUUCUAUACCUGGAAAAAGUGAUCGGUUUCCCAAAAUCAGGGAUGUGAUGCGAAAUAAGAACUUUUUGAAAAAAAUAUAACAUUAAAUCAUGAAAUGUGUGGUUAUUCAGCCUGUUCUGUCGUCUCGCCGCUCUGCUCCGAAUCAAAAACCGAGCUUUUGGCAGCGUCGCAAAGAUCACCGUCAAGUGUCUUCAAGGACUUACACAAGCUCUUGACCUCAGGUUAUAUAAAAUAUUUAUUGACUUCAUUUAAACAUGAUUCUAGAACGUUGGUGAAAGUAAAUUCGGACAUUGUGAGAACUUCUCUUUUGACCUUUUUCAACAAUUGCGCCGACGACAUGUACGCUGCAGUCAAUGAGCUCAAGGUUUUUUUUUAUUUGAGCCUUUAGAUUGUCGGUCACACUUCAUCGUUUUAUAAUAUUUGCGGUGUUUUUUCUUCUUCAAAUAUUUGAUCAUGAACUCCUUUUUACACCAUAUUUUUGCCUCAUUCAAUUUUUUCAGGAUAACGGACAGUACUCUCUGAUCCGCGGACAGUCUCUCAAGUCCUGGAACUCGUUUGAAUUCGCUAACCAAAUGAUAGUGCCGGUCCUGACGACCAUGUUCAGUCACUUGGCCCGCAAUCACUUCGGAACCGAUCUACUUCGUUCGCAGCUUUCUCCGGGAAAGCAAUAGUUGUUGUUUUUAGUGGACGACAUCCAGGCCGCAUGCUACAAAAUCCUCGAUUCGAUGUACAUGGUCACAGGCCUCGGCGGCUCCUUCGCACACAGAAAGAGCAUCAGUUACGAGGCGGAAAAGUUUAAAUUUCAUAAAGUCCUUUGAUAAAUGAUUGUGACUGAAGGCACCGACCGGCUCUGGGCCAGUGCUUGGCCGCCUUCGCUUCCUGUUUCCCUGUCGCCUUUUUGGAACCCGAAUACAACAAACACAACAAAUUUUCUGUCUUGGCAAAGUCUCAAGAGCAAUCCGUGCAAGUUCAAGGUGAAGAGAGAAACAUUUGGAAGUCAGUACUUGUGAAAUACAGAAAUGCUGCAAAAGCUGUCUACUCACAUCCCGCACUUGGACAAACUCCUCAAUGAGAUCGAAACGGUUCGGUCAAGUUUGAAAGAAUAAUUUAAACUCUGAAGUAGGACUCCAUAAUAGUUGUAGUUCACCUAUGACUCUUAAUUACUCGUUAAAAAUUGCCAAAUAAUUUGCACUUUAUUGAAUUUCAACAGCGCAUUUCUUUUUUAACUGUCUUGUUUGUGUAUAGGUGGCGAACAACAACACGAUGUACUCGGACGAGCCUAACAUCUACGACGUCGACCUGCCGCUCAUGUGUUCCUACCUUGCUUAUUGGUUUAGCAUCGGGCCUGACGGACGCAAAAGCGAAAAGGAAAAUGUUGACACCAAGUCUGAUAGUUUUUUUCGUUCCCGUUUCAAAAAAUGAAUCACUUGAAGCUCGAUCCAAACGACGAACGUCAGCUGCGACCAUCUGAACAGGAUAUUCUGUGCCCUGCUCCGAAUGAUUCGCAAUCACGUCGGCGUUGACAACGCUCCUUGGCUCUGUCGCGUUAACUGUAAAUGGCGGUUGAAAAAUCCCCUCCUCAACUUUCGAUUCAGUCUAUGCCGUGCAAAUCAUCCAGAACGUGACCAGCGACCCAGUGCGUGAGUUCAUCCUGCCGAUCGCCGAACGUCUUCGUCGGAUGAGCGAGAAGGCCUACAAGGAAGAAGAACAUAUGCGGACACAUCCAGAUGACGCAGACGAGGGCACUGUCGUCGAGGUCCCGACAUUUUAUCUUCACUUCAUGUUCCUUUAUUACCGGAAUCAGCGUUACACUAUGUGACUCAAAAGGAUUAUUUCAAACAGACAAUCUUUUGAUUCGUGCUCAUUAAUUUUAUUCAUAAUCCAUUACAUGCUUUACUAAAACUCGCCCAAGAGUUCAUAUCGACUGAAAUUUAUAUUGAAAACGAAACAAUAAUAAAAGUAAUUUUUUCCUUCUUCAACAGAAAAGUUUCAAAAUUUUAAAGCUAUUCCAAACGUUGAAAGUUGUCAUUUUACCUUUCAAACUACACGAUUUUUGAAGUAACUUUGAAAAAAAUUUUCAGCAAACGUCACUUAUAAAGUUGGACUUCUGAACAUAUUUCAUGAUUCAGGACAACGCUCGACUUGUGCGAGACACCUACGCAUUUUUCCCCCUUCUGAUGAAGUACACGGACCUGCACAGAGCGCAGUGGCUCAAGUCUCCCUCGUGGGAAACCGACGGCGUCUACGAGAACGUCGCCGUCAUUUUCCGCAUCUGGAGCCAGAGCCAGCAUUUCAAGGUGAAUAAUUCACAAAAUGAAGUUCCUGUGCCCGUGACGACGAAAUAUUCAAUUUUGAAAACCCGUAUGAGUUCAGCGUGAGGAGUUGAACUACGUGGCGCAGUUCGAGGAAGAGUCGAUCGGCGGCGGCGAAAUGAAGACCGGAAAAGCGGCGAUCGCAGAGAGGAAGAAGAAGCGCCGCGAGGGACAAGUUCGUCAAUAUCAUCUUUUUUCUUUUUUUCAUCAAUAGUAUCACAGGAUAAAAUGAAAGAGAAUUUUGACAAAAAUGGAAAAAUAUGCGUAAGUUUUCUGUUGUGAUUGUGGUGUCGUAUAGUAGAUCAAUGAAAAGUAAUCAAAUCUCUAUUCCCUUCUUUUUCUGAAAGAAAUGUGAAAAAACGUCGAGAAUUUGAAAAAGGAUGGUCAUAUCAAUUUUUUGGUCGGUUUGGAAGAUCAUAUAAAAUAACUAGAUCGUGAUAGUAACCGAGAAAGUGGAAGAAAAACUUGAGAAUGUAACAUAAAGCAAAAAAAAGAACUUAUGGAGAGUGUUUCCCUUAUAGAUAAAGAAAGACAAACACGCGGCGAGCAUCGUCAUCGCUUGUCUCAAAAGGCUGCUUCCUGUUGGCCUGAACGUCUUUGGCGGAAGGUUUUUUUCACCCGUUACCAAGACUCUCAUCGAUGCUUCCUCAGGGAACUCGACAUUGUCCAGCAAUCGAAGGAAAAGUUUGUCCAGAAAGAACCGGAAGACAAAAUUCGCGAUUUCAUCAAAGGCCUUCUUGAAAUCCCAGUCAAGGUAAGUUUGGGAGAAAAUUUCGAGAGGAGUAAAUGAGAAAUGAUAGUAACACCAGGAUAAAGUUCGGGCAAUAUUUCUGUUCACUCGCUUCCGCAGAUUUUGUUUUGUAAUGGACAUACUGCUUUUUGCAAAAGCUUUUUCUACGUUUCUCACCUCGUUUUUGACUAGGUUCUCAACCAAUCAGCCAGACUGAUAAAUUAAAACGAAUACUUGAAGCCGAAAAACAUGACCGGCGCGAUAUGUUUGUGCACUUUAAGAAAAAUAAAAAGCGUUUUCAGACGGAUCCGACAGACAAAAACGCGUGGCAACUUUCUCUGUACCGCAAGAUAGGCAAGAGUCAGAUGCGAGGAAAAGACGAAAUGUCCCAAGAGGCGGUCAUCGAAAAGAUUUUCAAUAUGGGACAAGUUUCGGCGAUUCUUCACACAGUACGUUUUGACAGAUUGUUAGAAAAUCGAGUCUUUUUUGGGACAGAUAUAAAAAAGACCUUCAUGGGAGUCAAAAAAAUAUAUAAUUUCGAAAUUUGAAAAAACUAACCUGGUAUUUUGACGCUUUGCCGUCCGUUGGCUUGUUUUGUUAGAGUGGUUAUUUUUGUGACGUCUUCAUGUCUUUGUCGAUUUGAAUAGUUACCUUCGUCCGAAGUGUUUUGUCGAUAUUCAGAUCACAAGAACCACCGAUCGCCGGAGAUUCCGCAGAUAUUACAAGGUUGGCUCGUAUAUCAUUAUUUUCUCAAAGUUUUACACGGAUUUGUUGUACCUUUUUGUGUUGACAGUAUGAUGCACGGGGUCGACGGAUUCCAUUGUUGGCUCGGCUCGACGUGAGUAUUGCUUGUUGUUUCCAGACAUAGGUUUUGAGUUUCUUUCUGCACGAAUAGAAUCAAAAGUUUGAGCAACGAAACUGAGACAGAAAACCACAGUUAGAAAUGAUUUCUGAAAGUUUGUUCACCACGACUCAGGCCUGCGAAGAUCAAAUUUUAAUUUUCCUGAUAAUGAGACCCGGUUUAUCUUCAGCAUGAAGCUGAAUCAUUGGUGCUGUUUGCUUUUCGGUAGUCAACAGGGGUAGUCUUGAUUGAAUUUGUUUUAGUUAGGUUCGAAAGAUUACUUCUGAUUCUUCUGGCGGACUUUGAAAGUGUUUAAGUGGCUAGUAAAAGACUUUUAGAAGUUUUUAGAACGCAUGAUAAUGUCUCUUUCAGCGGUUAAAAAGCAUCUUGAAAUUAUACCUUCUUCUCUUUAAUAAAUGCUUUAAAAGUUACACGACCAUUUUUAAAUAUAACAUAGCCGAGAAAAAAUAUCCGUGGUAGCUUCAUGAACUAUCAAGAAGUCGAAAAGCAGUUAGAGUGAAUUGAAGCUCGAAUUUCUUUGUGUCUUUCUUUCAAUAUUUCUGAGAAGAUUUUGAAGAAUAGCUGUUUCUUUGAUUUUUCAUCCUCACUAGGGAUAGAUGUGGGAUAGUUAUUAUUCUAGCAAACAAAUUCCGUAGUUAAAAAAAUCGACUUCCCUAUUCGAAUGUGAAACAUAUUCGAUCUUUUUUCUGCGAUUUUUUUCACCAUACGAAAAAUCUUUAUUAUAAAAUUUGUCAGACGUCUAAACAUUUAAAAUUUUUGUGAUAUUUGAAAAUUUCUUCGUAAAUUUCAAAAUUAGUUUAUUCACUCCAUCUGCGGUCAGGUCAAUGCAGGUUAUCGCACGUCCUUCAUGCUCUUCAAAGUAGUAUUCUCACGCUAUCAGGGUUUCUCUUCUAAGCUUCAUCUGUCGCACUGUUUGGCUUUGUGGUGAAGAUCUCACGUGAAUCACUUCAGACCGAGCAUCCCCAGAUGCAGCUCUCGCAGGCUUGGAAAAAAGUCGUCUCGACGCAGCGGAAACGGGCGGUCGUCGCCUGCUUCCGCAUGGUCCCACUAUAUGGAAUCCCCAGGUGA